CUGUACGCUAAUCAAGAUCUCACUGAAUAUUUUUACAGCAUCCUUCCAUUUACGGCAGCAGCAUGGCGGAGAGCUCAGUGUCCAUAUCAGAGGUGGAGACCUCCUUCCAGAAGUUUGCAGUCCAUGGAGACACAAAAGCCAGAGGGAAGGAGAUGAACGGCAAGAACUUUGUUAAAAUCUGCAAGGACUGCAACAUCAUCGACGGCAAGAACGUCACCACGACAGACGUUGACAUAGUUUUCAGCAAAGUCAAGGUGAAGUCCGCUCGUGUAAUCACAUUUGAGCAGUUCAACCAGGCCCUGACGGAGUUGGCUCCCAAACGUUUCAAAGGCAAAAGCAAAGAGGAGUCGCUUCCACAGCUCUACGCUCUCAUUGUUGGGAAGGAGCCUGCCAACAUCGGAGUCACUAAAGUGGCAAAGGCAGCAGCAGUGGACAGACUGACCGAUACCACCAAGUACACUGGAGCGCACAAGGAGCGGUUUGACGAGUCGGGCAAAGGAAAAGGAAAAGUCGGGCGCGAGGACGUCCCAGACAACAGCGGCUACGUGGGCGCCUACAAGGGCAGCGGCACUUAUGAGGAAAAAGUUAAAGAGACAUAACUCUGCAGACAGAUUUAGAAAACUUUGAUUCAACAACUUGAAUUAGAGAUGUUAAACAUAUAUCAAAUUAUUUUAUUGGCUACUUACACUUUUAAGACAAAGCAAAUCAACUGAAUGUGUGUUGUGGGCCUCCCAUUACUAACUCUUGGAUCCAUCAAAAAACAAUUAAAGGGAAAUAAUGUGACAGCCAGGAUGAGUAGCUUAAACAAACUAUUUCCCCCCCGCAAUAAAAUCCAAAGAUAAUGGGCAUACUUAGCUGCAGUUAUACAGAAAUGUUUAAGUGGUUUGUACAGUAGCAUGGACAACUGAUAGACUAUUUUCAAUGAUUCCACAAGGACCAAAAGAUUAAACUGUACUUGCAGCCAAGCAUGCUUGAUAGAAACUAACUCUGCUUUGCAUUAUAAUUUAACACUGUGCCUUAGUAUCGAUGUAGCCGCUAGCCGGAAUGCUAUGAUAGACAGUAAUGUGCUGCUAAUCUCACUUACCUCAAUGCAAUCAAUGAUUCUUUAGCUGGUUUCAAGAAAUGAAGCUGCAUCUGUAGCUAUUACUUCACUCGCUAAGCUUAUUAGUGGAGAUACUUUUGCUCCAAGACCAUUUAAUUCUUCAUGAUAAAUGGAAAUGUAUAUAUUUCUGAUUCAAAAAAUAAACAAGCAGUGAAGAACAGAGAAAUGAUCCUGAAUUGAUGAAGCUCAGUGUAGCCUAACUCAUCUUAAUUUCUCAUUUUUAACUGACUAACAACAUUAUACUGUAUAUGAUGGCUUUUAUGGAGGAUUCUUCGGGACCAGCACAGCUGAUAAGCAUCACCUGGAUUUAGUGUGUAUGAUGUGUUGAAUUCCAUAAUAUUCUGUAUUCCCUGCAUUGCUAUACUAAAUACUUUUGGUCUCAAUACAUGAAGAAUAAAUGAUCUAAUAAACACGUGCUAUAUAUUAGAA